CGGGUCCCCAAGCGCGUCCUUUUGAAGGACGCCCUCCCGGAACCGCGGCGCCGGCUGCAGGCAGUCGCCGAGCGCCCCGAGUCCUAACAAAGCGCCCUGCUUGGCUUUGCAGAGCGCGGGAGGAGGCGGCCGGCUGUGCGGGCGCUGCGGAGAGGCCGACGGAAGGUGAACGCUGUGGGCUAUGGGAUGGAUGAGGUGGAGCAGGACCAGCAUGAGGCCCGACUCAAGGAGCUGUUUGACAGUUUUGACACCACAGGCACCGGGUCCUUGGGACAGGAGGAGCUCACCGACCUUUGCCACAUGCUGAGCUUGGAGGAGGUGGCUCCGGUGCUGCAGCAGACGUUGCUUCAGGACAAUCUCCUGGGCAGGGUACAUUUUGAUCAAUUUAAAGAAGCAUUAAUACUUAUACUAUCUAGAACCCUGUCCAAUGAAGAGCACUUUCAAGAACCAGACUGUGCACUAGAAGCUCAGCCUAAGUAUGUUAGAGGCGGGAAGCGCUAUGGACGAAGGUCCUUGCCGGAGUUUCAAGAGUCUGUGGAGGAGUUUGCAGAGGUGACAGUGAUCGAGCCACUCGAUGAAGAAGCACGUCCUGCGCAUGUCCCGGCUGGCGGCUGCAGUGAGCACUGGAAGACGCAAGGCAGUGAGGAAUACGAAGCAGAAGGUCAGUUAAGGUUUUGGAAUCCAGAUGACCUGAACGCCUCACAGAGUGGGUCCUCCCCUCCCCAAGACUGGAUAGAAGAGAAGCUGCAGGAGGUUUGCGAGGACCUGGGGAUCACCCGCGAUGGCCACCUCAACCGGAAGAAGCUAGUCUCCAUCUGCGAGCAGUACGGUUUGCAGAACGUGGAUGGAGAGAUGCUCGAGGAAGUAUUUCAUAAUCUUGAUCCUGAUGGAACAAUGAGCGUAGAGGAUUUUUUCAAUGGUCUGUUUAAAAAUGGAAAAUCCCUUCCACCAUCAGCGUCUACUCCUUACAGACAGUUGAAGCGGCAUCUCUCCAUGCAGUCUUUUGAUGAAAGUGGACGUCGUAUGACGACCUCAUCGGUGAUGACAAGUACCAUUGGCUUCCGCGUCUUCUCCUGCCUGGAUGAUGGGAUGGGCCACGCAUCUGUGGAGAGAAUACUUGACACAUGGCAAGAGGAGGGCAUUGAGAACAGCCAGGAGAUCCUCAAGGCCUUGGAUUUCAGCCUUGACGGGAGUGUCAACUUGACAGAAUUGACUCUGGCUCUUGAAAAUGAGCUUUUGGUCACGAAGAAUGGCAUUCAUCAGGCGGCUCUGGCCAGCUUCAAGGCUGAGAUCCGGCAUUUGCUGGAACGAGUUGAUCAGGUGGUCAGAGAAAAAGAGAAGCUCCGGUCAGACCUGGACAAAGCCGAGAAACUCAAGUCCCUAAUGGCUUCAGAAGUGGACGAUCACCAUGCGGCCAUAGAGCGACGAAAUGAGUACAACCUCAGGAAACUCGAUGAAGAGUACAAGGAGCGCAUAGCAGCCUUAAAGAAUGAGCUCCGAAAAGAGAGAGAGCAAAUCCUGCAACAGGUGGGCAAGCAGCGCUUAGAACUCGAGCAGGAAAUCGAGAAGGCCAAAACGGAAGAGAACUACGUCCGGGACCGCCUUGCCCUCUCGUUAAAGGAAAACAGUCGUCUGGAAAAUGAGCUUCUGGAAAAUGCAGAAAAGCUGGCAGAGUACGAGAAUCUGACAAACAAACUUCAGCGCAAUUUGGAAAACGUGUUAGCAGAAAAGUUCGGAGACCUUGAUCCCAGUAGCGCUGAAUUCUUUCUGCAAGAAGAGAGGCUGGUGCAGAUGAGGAGCGAGUACGAGCGGCAGUGCAGGGUAUUACAAGACCAAGUAGAUGAACUCGAGUCUGAGCUGGAGGAAUAUCGUGCUCAAGGCAGAGUGUUCAAGCUCCCCUUGAAGAACUCACUGUCAGAAGAACUUGGUGGCAACAACAGCAGCCUUGAGCCCAACCAGCGGCUCGAGUCUGAAGAAUGCAAUCCGCUGAAUAUGAGCAUUGAGGCAGAGCUGGUGAUCGAACAGAUGAAAGAGCAACACCACAGGGACUUGUGCCGCCUGCGACGGGAGCUAGACGAUCAAGUGCGUCGUUAUGAAGAGCAGCAGGCCGAGACCCGGGUCACCUGGGAAAAGGAGCAGGAGACCACGAAAGCCAACUAUGAGCGUGGAAUGCACACAUUGGAGCAACAGAUAAGUGACCUGAGAAGGGAAGUCGCAGACCUGCAGGGGCAGGCGGUGGUGCUGAAGGACACACACCUGGAGGCCAGUCGCAGGCAUGAGGAGGAGAACAAACAGCUGCAGAUGGCCUUUGAGGAGGAAAAGAGUCGCUUGCAGGAGGAGCUAAGGCUGCAGCACAAGCUGGAGCUCGAGGCCAGGCUGCGGCAGGCGGAGGAAGGCUUCGGCCAGGAGCGGGAAGGGCUCCGGAGCGGCGCCUGGACGGAAGAGCGGGUGCGAGGCCUGGUGCAGGACUUGGAGAGGGCGCACCAGGAGCAGCUGCGGAACCUGCAGGAGAAGCACGAGCUUGAGAAGGAGGAGCUGAGGCAAGAGCUCUUGGAGAAGCACCAGAGGGAACUUCAGGAGGGACGGGAAGAGAUGGAAACAGAGUGUAAUAGAAGAGCCUCUCAGAUAGAAGCCCGCUUUCAGGCUGACUGUGAGAAAGUCAUUGCAAGGUGUGAGCACACGCUGCAGAGCCUGGAGGGCCGCUACCGCCGUGAACUGAAGGACCUCGGGGAGCAGCAUCGCGAGGAGAAGUCCCAGUGGGAGUUUGAGAAGGACGAGCUGGCCCAGGAGUGCGCCGAAGCCCAGGAGCGGCUGAAGGAGACACUGCAGAGAGAGAAAGCAACCUCUCUGGUGCUGACCCAGGAGAGGGAGAUGCUGGAGAAGACGUACAAAGAGCACCUGCACAGCAUGGUACUGGAGAGGGAGCGAUUGCUGCAGGACCUGGGGGACCUGCGGAAGGUGUCUGAGAGCCAGCAGAGCCUGCUGUCCAGCCAGAUCCGCAAGCUGCGGAGCAGUCACCAGAGAGAGCUGAGGGACCGAGAGCAGGUGCUGGGCCAAGUGGGGGCCUCGGAGCAGCUGGCCAGCUGGCAGCUUGAGAGGCUGCAUGCUGAGUGUGACCAGGAGAAGCAGGAAAUGGUGGCCAAACUCGUGGCCCUGGAGAGCGUGCACCAAGCAGCCUGGGAGAAGGCGGAGCACGAGCAGGCUGAGAUGAGCGCAGAGAUCCGCAGGCUCCGAGAUCAAAUCAGGGACCUGCAGCAGGCAGCAUCCCCUGUCUCUGGGCUUCAGGGUAGUGACCAGGAGGUGGGAGGGGAGGAGGCAGAAGGAAAUGGGGCCCUGUCCCUGCUUGCACAGGGGGAACAGCUGCUGGAAGAAAACGGAGACGUCCUCCUGAGUCUGCAGAGAGCUCAUGAACGCGCAGUGAAGGAAAAUGUGACAAUGGCUGCAGAAAUUUCCAGACUGCAGCGGAGGCUGCAAAAGUUAGAGCCGGGGUCACUAAUGUCAUCCUGGUUAGAGGAGCCAGCUACCGAGCUUUUUGGAAAUUCUGAAGAACAAACGGAGCCAUUUUCAUCACAAAAGCAAAUGAAGCCAGUAGAUGGGAGAAACACGCAGUGCGUCCUAAGUGAUCUGCGAGACAGUGACGCCCAGGACCUGGGGAGUACAGGGACCAGCUCUGCUCAGAGGCGGGAGCUCAAAGUGGAAGAGUCGGAAGCUUCUAUGGAGAGUCUUUCCGAGCUGGAAAACAGUGAAGAGACCAGGACUGAAUCCUGGGACCUAAAAAAUCAGAUUAGUCAGCUUCAGCAGCAACUAGUGAUCUUACGGGCAGAUUGUGACCGAGCCUCUGAAAAGAAGCAGGACUUGCUUUUUGAUGUCUCUGUCCUAAAAAAGAAACUGAAGAUGCUUGAGAGGAUCCCAGAGGCAUCUCCCAAGUAUAAGUUGUUAUAUGAAGAUGCUAGCCAAGAAAAUGACUGCCUUCAAGAAGAGCUGCGAGUGAUGGAGUCUCGCUACGACCAGGCUCUGGAGAGCAACAAAGAGCUCACCACAGAAGUAUUUCGGUUGCAGCAUGAGCUAAAGAAAAUGGAAGAAGUGACCGAAACAUACGUUAGCCUGGAGAAGAGUUAUGAUAAGGUCAGAACAGAAAACAAAGAGCUGAAUGUUCUGGUUUUGAGGCUUCAAGGGAAGAUUGAGGAACUUCAGAAAAGGGCCAUCCUGCGUCGUGACUCCUUCUCCUUGUGGGAAGCCCGUUUGGACAACCUGGAGGUCGAACCUGCAGAACAGGUUGUAGAAGUCAGUCAGAGACUGGAAAAGUGCAUACCCAAGGUGACAAGUGUGCGUCACAUAAUAGAAGAAUGUGAACAAGAAAACCAGUGCCUUGAGCGGGGAAGCACACGGCUCUUGGAAAAAGUAAAAACGCAUGAAAUUGCCUGGGUACAUAGAACCAUUGAGACACAUCAAGAAAAGCCCAGAAUACAGAAUCCAGUUACCUUAGAGGAAAACUCUGCUCUCCUAGGACUUCAAGACAAACAUUUUCAACGUCAGGCCACAAUAGCAGAGUUAGAAAUGGAGAAACAAAAGCUGCAGGAGCUGACUAGGAAGCUGAGAGAGCGGGUCACUACCUUAGUUAAGCAAAGAGAUGUCCCUUGCCAAGCGGAGAAGGAGGAAGAGCUGAAGGCCAUGAUGCAUGACCUGCAGAUCACGUGCAGCGAAAUGCAGCAGAAAGUGGAAGUCCUGAGAUAUGAAUCUGAAAAGCUUCAAGAGGAAAAUUCUAUUUUGAGAAGUGAAAUUACUACUUUAAAUGAAGAAGAUAGUGUUUCCAACCUGAAAUUAAAUGGAUCUCAGGAAGAAAUGUGGCAAAAAAUUGAAACUGUAGAACAGGAAAAAGUGGAAAUUCAGAAGAUGGUUGAAAAUUUAAAGAAACAAAUUGCAGAUUUGAAAAUCAAAAACCAACAGUUGGAUUCAGAAAACGCAGAACUUAGCCAAAAGAAUUCUCAAAACCAGGAAGAACUGCAAGAACUUAAGCAACGUCUGGCAGAAAUGCUAGGCCAGAAGGAGAAUGAACCCGGCGGCAGUGCCUUCAAGGAAUGGGAGCAAGAACAGUCCAAUCUGAAAAAAGAGCUGGAACACUACAAAGCACAGUCUUCCUCCUUAGUGUCUUCUCUGGAGGCAGAACUUUCUCAAGUGAAAAUACAGACCCACAUCGUGGAGCAGGAAAACCUCCUUCUCAAGGGCGAACUGGAGAAAAUAAAACAACCCCACAGAUGUCCUGACCUCUCGGACUUCCAGCAAAAAAUUUCUAGUGUUUUAAGCUACAAUGAAAGACUGCUGAAAGAAAAGGAAGCUCUUAGUGAAGAACUGAAUAGCUGUGUGGAUAAGUUGGCAAAGUCAAGGCAUUUGGAGCACAGAAUCACUGCCCUGAAGCAGGAACAGAAGUCUUGGGAGCACCAGAACGAGACCCUGAAGUCGCAGCUGGUGGACUCGCAGGAAAAGGUUCAGGAUCUAGAAGCUUCGCUGCAGAACACCAACCUGCAGAUGUCCCGAAUUAAAUCCGACCUUCGAGGGACUCAGCAGGAGAAGGAGGCUUUAAAACAAGAAGUACUAGCUUUACAGAACCAACUUCAGAACGCUAGUGACAAGUUAACCAAUGCUGCGGCACCCCUGCUGAGGAGGAGCUCUCGGAGGGAGCUCGUACUGUCCACUAGCACACUGCAGAUCCUGGAGACUACAGUGGGGGACAAGACUGUGCUCUUGGGACUUAAUAGAGACAAAUUCACAUUUCAGUUCUUCGCAGUUGGUGGAGCCAAUGAGAUUGCCACCUCAUUCACUCCUAGAAGUUACGCUCGGGCCAGAGCUGAGGAGCUGCGGCCUGCCAUGCCUGUUUCCUUGGUCCGUCAGCUGGAAUCCAGCCUUCUUCCCCUUAAGCACCAAAAACAUCUCAGCCCAUCGGGUACUAUGAAACCCACAGAGCAAGAGAAGUUGAACUUAAAGAGAGAGUGUGAACAGUUUCAGAAAGAGCCAUCUCCCGCUCAUAGGAAGGGCAGUCAGAUGAAUGUUCUCGAACGAGAGUUAGAAACAAUUCACUUGGAAAAUGAAGGCCUGAAAAAGAAACAAGUGAAAUUGGAUGAGCAGCUAGUGGAGAUGCAGCACCUGAGGUCCACUGUGAUGCUUAGCCCGUCCCCUCCUUGGGAUCUGCAGCCGCUCCAGCAGCAAGCCUGUCGGGUGGUCCCCAGGGAGCAGUUUCUGCAGCUUCAACACCAGCUGCUGCAGGCCGAAAGGAGAAACCAGCACCUGCAGGAGGAACUUGACAACAGGGCCUCCGACACCAACAUGCCACAGGCUUUGCUACCGGAGCAGCGCGCAGUGCAUGCAGAUUCCUGCAGAAGGAUUGGGCACCUGUGACACGGGGCUGCCCAGGACGCCCCUGGGCCCCUGGCAGAGCCUCAGAUGCUCGCACGCACGCACGCACGCACGCACGCACGCACGCACACCGCACAGACAUAGCCGAGACCCCGUGGAUCCAAGCGCGCUUUGCAGUCCCUCGGUUGUUGUUUUUCCUGGCGCCUCUGCAGUAUUAUGUCUCGUAUUUAUUUCUGUAGAAAUGACAGAUUUUGUGACUCAAAUUCCCAAACUUCAGGUUGUUACAAAUCAUUUUUAUUUAAAGAGCGUGGAUUUAAGAUUCUUGAAAAGAUGUACUCUAUAUAUUUUCUCAUUCCAUACAUUGUAGUUAUUUUUUUUUUCACGAAAGGUACUACUUUUAUAUAUGGCAUUUGAAGAAAAUCAGGGUUAUUUAUACUGUUUUGUAUAAGAUGUAUGAUAAUUUUUGACAAGG